AUGGACGCACUGCAGUUGCGAAUUAGCUUUCAACGUUGAAUAGUCGAGGAAAGGAAACAUUUAUUAGAAUUUUAGAAAAAUGGCAUACAUGAUGGAUAAUUUAGUUCAGCCUAAUAUAAGUUCAGUUUCCAGUAAUUUAGGUCCAGAUUGGCUUUCUUCUGAACAAAGUACAGGAACAUCAAUUAUGGCUUGUGAAUUUGAUGGAGGAGUAGUAAUUGGAGCAGAUUCUAGAGCCACUACUGGGGCUUAUAUUUCCAAUCGUUUUGCUGAUAAAUUGACUAAAAUCACUGAUUACAUUUAUUGUUGUCGUUCUGGUUCUGCAGCAGAUACCCAAGCUAUUUCAGAUAUAGUUGCUUAUCAUUUGAGUCUGCACAAAAUGGAGCUGGGCAUGGAGCCGUUAGUAGAAACAGCAGCAAAUGUGUUUCGUGAAUUAUGUUACAAUUACAGAGAUUCUUUGAUGGCAGGAAUCUUAGUGGCAGGAUGGGAUAGUCGUAAAGGAGGUCAAGUUUAUAGUAUUCCUCUAGGUGGUAUGUGCGUAAGACAACCAAUUUCCAUUGGAGGAUCUGGUUCAACCUAUGUAUAUGGUUACAUGGAUGCACAGUACAAACCAAACAUGUCAAAGGAUGAAUGUGUUAAACUUGUUGAAAACACAUUGGCAUUGGCAAUGUCUCGCGAUGGUAGUAGCGGUGGUGUUAUUCGAAUUGGCGUUAUUACGGAAAAAGGUACUGAAAGAAAAGUUAUAUUGGGCAAUGAAUUGCCGCAAUUCUACGAAGGGUGAAUGUUGUAAACACUAAAUUUAUAAACGGAAUACUUACUCCAGCUUUACUCUAUUUUUUAAAAUUCUGUAUCAACAACAUCUUAUUUCCUAAUUAAAUUAAU